AUGCCGCAAGAACUUUUAAUCGACGUACGCUCUCCGCUCGAGUUCUCUACAGGUCCUCUCGUCUCCGACCUUGCGCCCACGGUCAACAUCGAGUACACAUCCAUCGACCGCCUCCCAGAAAUCUACUCGGAGCAAGGCAUCGAAGUGGACAAGAACGCCAGCAUCACCCUGUACUGUCGAAGCGGCAGGCGGAGCGACAUUGCGAUGCGCAGGCUGCGAGAGCUGGGCUAUGCGAACGCAAGGGACAUUGGGGGGUUCGAGGAAGCCAAGCGCGUGCUGGACAAGGAGACCGUUGCGCGGCAGCUUGAGCGCAUGGCUGGGGAUGACGAGCAGGCUCCGGCUGUUGGGGAGGCGAGGAAAGAGGAUGGAAUGGCAAAGGUUCGGUCUCGGAGUUUCGGGGCGCUGAUGGCUGGCUUGCAGGCGUGUGAUGCGUGA